GUGGUGUGGGUACCCGUGCCUGCCGGCCGCCGGCAGAGCGGGGCGCACACAGCGCGGGGCUGCCGCCGGGCUCGCCCGCUGCCGCUCCCCGGGAGGCUGGUCCGGUCCGGCCCGGCGCCAUGCGCCAGCGCCGCGCCGAGCGGCCGAGCGGCGGGGCUGCACCGCCGCCGCGUCCCGCGGCAGCGGCGUGAAGCGGCGGGAGGAUGAAGCGGGCGAGGCGGGCCGCGCCGGGCCCCCUGCCCGUGCUGGGGCUGCUGCUGCUGCUGGGAGCCCUGCCGGGGCUCUGGACGGUGCUGCUGCGGCGGGAGGAGGAGGCGCGGCGGGAGCGGGAGCCGGAGCCGCGCGCGGCCGCGGGCCCCCCCCCGGGGCGCUGGGGCUGGGGGCGCUCCCCGGCGCCGCGGGGCGAGCCCGGCGGCGGCGGGCAGAAAACUUUCCGGACGCUGCUGGCGGUGCCGGCGGCGAAGGGCCGGGCGGAGCGGGGCAGCGAAGGGCGGUUCGCUGCCGCCGGCUCGCCGCCGCCGGCUGCCGCCGGGUCCCCGGUGGAGCGGGGCAUCUUCUGGAGCCGUGAGCUGGAGGAGCAGGUGCCGCCGGGCUUCGCGGCGGAGGAGGCGGCGGCGUGGCUGUCGGCCGCCCGCGCCGCCCGCGUGGCCUCGCUGGAGCGGGGCGGCUGCGGGCGCAGCUCCAACCGGCUGGCGCGGCUGUCGGACGGGAGCCGCGCCUGCGUCCGCUACGGCAUCAACCCGGAGCAGAUCCAGGGCGAGGCGCUCUCCUACCACCUGGCCGGGGUGCUGGGCAUGCAGGAGCGGCUGCCGCCCAUGGCCCUCGCUCUGGUGGAGGCCCGCGGGCGGCAGUGGGAGCCGGUGCGGGAGGAGCUGCGCGGCUCGCACUGGGCCGAGGGCGCCGUGGUCAGCCUGACCCGCUGGGUGGACAACCUCACGGCCGUGGUGGCCCCCGCGCCCUGGGGCGCCGAGGCGGGCGCUGGCCGGCGGCUGCAGCCGCUGUCGGCGGGGGAGCUGGGCGGCCUGCCGCCGUCACAGCUGGUGGAGCUGGUGCAGUGGAGCGACCUGAUCCUUUUCGACUACCUGACGGCCAACUUCGACCGCCUGGUCAGCAACCUCUUCAGCCUGCAGUGGGACCCGCGGGUGAUGCGCCGCGCCACCAGCAACCUGCUCCGCGCCCCGGACGGCGGGCUCGUCUUCAUGGACAACGAGGCGGGGCUGGUGCACGGCUACCGCCUCCUCGCCAUGUGGGACCCCUACAAUGAGCCGCUGCUCCGCUCGGUCUGCGUCUUCCGCGAGGGCACGGCGCGUCGCGUCGCCGAGCUGCACCGCCGCCGCAGCGCUGCCGCCGAGCUGCGCCGCCGCUACCGGGCGCGGGAGCCGCUCUGGGCGCGCCUCGGCUUCCUCUCGGAGCGGCAGGCCGAGCUGCUGCAGGCCCGCGUCGACUUCGUGCACCGCCACAUCGCCCACUGCCGCGCACAGGCCGCCGUGCUCUGACGGCCCCGGGGCGGGCGGAGGCUGGCGGCGUGGGCCGGCCGCCCGCACCGCCCGGCUUUGUCUCCCCUCGGCGGCAGCGCGGCUUCACCUGCCCCGGCGGCUACCGGCGGCGGGGGCGGACCCUGCCCGCCCCCCCGGUGCUCGGUGCCGCGGCCGGGGGCGCCGCUCGGGCCGGGGUGCU